GUCCUGCGUGGGCCGGGGGCAACCUCCACGGUCCCGAACGCAAAGCCUCACGUGCCAUUUCGCCACUUUGCGAGGAGCCGGCGGCCGGAGGGAGCUCACAGCGAGCUGUAGAAAGCCAGAAGCUCGUCCAGGAGAGGUAAGACGGGAAGGGACCCCAUACGGUCAGGCUAAACAAGCUCGGUAGACUGAACAGAAAGUUCUAGCCGGCGUAUCCUCACCGUGCGUCUUGAAAUCCAGCAGCGUGUUCCGGGAGCUGCGGGAAGUCUGUGUGCGGCGGAAAUAAACUGGCACCAUGGAUUGGGGAACCCUGCACACUGUCAUCGGGGGUGUGAACAAACACUCCACCAGCAUUGGGAAGGUGUGGAUCACGGUCAUCUUUAUCUUCCGGGUCAUGAUCCUCGUGGUGGCCGCCCAGGAAGUGUGGGGUGAUGAGCAAGAGGACUUUGUGUGCAACACUCUGCAACCUGGCUGCAAGAACGUGUGCUAUGACCACUUUUUCCCAGUGUCCCACAUUCGGCUGUGGGCCCUGCAGCUCAUCUUCGUGUCUACCCCAGCGCUACUGGUGGCCAUGCAUGUAGCCUACUACAGACAUGAAACCACCCGCAAGUUCAGGCGUGGAGAGAAGAAGAAUGAAUUCAAAGAUGUGGAGGACAUUAAAAGGCAGAAGGUGCACAUUGAGGGGUCACUGUGGUGGACAUACACCAGCAGCAUCUUCUUCCGAAUCAUCUUUGAAGCCGCCUUCAUGUAUGUGUUUUACUUCCUCUACAAUGGGUACCACCUGCCCUGGGUGCUGAAAUGUGGGAUUGAUCCAUGCCCCAAUCUUGUUGACUGUUUUAUUUCCAGGCCGACUGAGAAAACUGUGUUUACCAUUUUUAUGAUUUCUGCAUCUGUGAUUUGCAUGCUGCUCAAUGUGGCUGAGUUGUGUUACCUGCUGCUGAAAGUAUGUUUCAGGAGAUCCAAAAGAGCCCAGACUCAAAGAAAUCACCCCAACCAUGCCCUAAAAGAGAGUAAACAAAAUGAAAUGAAUGAAUUGAUUUCAGAUAGUGGUCAAAAUGCAAUCACAGGUUUUCCAAGUUAGGCAUUUCAAGGUGAAAAGUGGCUGAAUCCUGAGAAAACAUUUGUCUUCCCUGGGAGGCAAUGCCAACCUGAAAAUUCCUUUUAUAGGCUGAAUAGUUUGUCUUUAUAAGUGACUUUCAUAAUAAGUAGAUAGUUGAGUUCACUCUGUAGAAUACACGCGCCAUUCACGUGCAACAUAGUCAAAUGCAUGGUCUGUCUCUGAAACAAAGCAUUGUUGAUGCCUAAGCCUUGAAGUCACUUGACAAGUCCAUUCUCCGUGGGCUGUCUGCCCUAGUGGGUAUUUCCUGAAAUUUUGCAUAACCUGUUGUUGAUAAAAAGCACUUAUCUAAAAAUUGAUACUUUUAUUAGUAAAAGAUAUUUUUAUAGGAUUGAAUGUUUUAGUUCUCACUUUGAAUUUAUGUAAAGUAUUUUUAUAAUGACCAGCCUUCCUUACUUGGAAAAAUAUAUGAUGUUAGUUUUAGAAGUAUACCACACGCGUCUAAGUUUUGAACUUUCAAAGGGUCUGUCUUGUAAAUAUUGUUUUGCAUUUCUCUGGACAAAGUGACAAAUGGUCACGAUACUGUUGUGGUGGAAAGUGUUCAUUGUACAGCAUGUUCUUUCUGUCUUCUGAAUGUAGAUCGUCUUGUGUGGCUGGAGGGGGGGGUGCGGGGACAGGAUGACACGUUUAUGAACAAACCGCUUCGCCGGUCACUGUGAACACCAGAGAAUGAAUGUGGUCUCCUCAAUAAAGCUGGGCCCUAUGCUUCAA